GUCGAACUCAAUUUUUUCCACCUUUUUCACCCAUCCCCCUUACAAGUAAUCUGCUUUGGCUCCAUCGUGCAGUGUGGUUUACUAAGUUACUUAAUCUAUUAGGUUCUUUUGCCUUUUCUAAAUCUUUUUAUAACUCGAACCAAUACUGAACUGGAUCUGCGUGCAAGGAAAAAAGAGGACAAAAAAUGGCCUUAUCAAACAUUAUAAUUCUUUCAACCCCUUAAAUUCUGUACUUGGAUUUUCUAUCUAUUUAUCUAUCCAGCCUCAAAUCGUUUUUGUUGUUAUUUUUGUAUUCAACUUUUACAUCCAGAGAACUAAUAUUUUUGAAGUUCCACUUCCAAAAUGCAUGCAUAUUGAAUAGCAUUCACUAAUGCUAUGUUCGGUAGGAGGGAAGGAAGGGGUGUGGAUAGAAAAUAGGAAGGAAAGAACAAACUUCCUUUGUUCGGUAGAGUUGAUGCAAGGAAAGAAAUGCAUUCACUAAUGCCAUGUUCCUAUGUUCUUUUUAUAUAUCUAAGAAGAUUGUACCCUUCCUUUUAUCAAAUUAACACACUUGAUAAUUUCUUUCACUUUUUUAGUCUUCAUUUUGGAAUCAAAAUUUGUGUGCAUAUUUCUGGCACCCCUGGGUUGUACACACAAAUUUCGAGAUCGAAAAUAAGGAUCCAAAGUGUGAAACAAGUACAAUCCCUUGAAAAUAUUCUUUACAUAAAGACCAAAUCAUCUGAUUCAAUCUCCUUCACGUGUUCAAGUCUAAUGGUUAUACGAGCUUGAUCUUGAAUUAUGUUGUCAAGACUUUCUUCAAAUCAUCAAGGUUGCAGAAGACUUUCGUUGGAGGGCCAAUGAAGCUUGUUCUUGAAUGGUGGAUUAACGAUCCUUUGAAAUUGUUGAAUCGUUGAAGAAGACUAAAACUAAUUUUAUGUGCUUCUUGUUCAGCUUCGAGAUAUUGGGAAGUAAAAAACUGGGCAAAGUUUCAGCAGUCUCUUGGUCAUUUCUUGUUCGAUCCUUCCUUCACCCAUGAGCCUUUAUUUAUAGACCCAAUGGAGGGGUACAGUUCCAAAUUAUAAGAUUUCUAUUGAUUUGAAGAAGCUCUAAGAUUUUGUUAUGUGUCACUUUUGAUAAUUAUCAUUAUUGAUAUAUUUUAUUUGUGAUACUUGAUUAAUCUAUUUAGCUGACACAUAUUCAAUUGGGUCAAGCCCAAAUUGAGCUUUGAAUUGUUCAGAAACAAUCAAGGGAAAUUCUCAACUUCUUUGAUUGAUGUAAUGUUGAUUAAAUGACCAUAAAAUUGUAAUGUCUAUGUUGGUGGAAUAGUUACAUUUUCUUUUUAGUAAAUGGAUUGUGAUGUUGAGGACUUAUCAAAAAAAAAAAAAGGAUUGUGAUGUUGAGGACCAAAUUUAAUUUCAGGUCGCGUUGUGACCCAUUUUCGACCCGACAACCUGUUUUGACCCAUUUUUGCUUGCAGGUCAUGGACCCUGUUUAGUACUCUCUUGAGGAUCAAUAUAUAAGGGUGUUUAGGGUUUAGAGUGGGAUAUUGAUAGAUGCUGGAAAGCGCAGAAAAGAGAGUGAGAGUGAGAGCUAGGGUUUGAGGGCUGAAACUUGUAGUCGUUUUUUUUUUUUUUUCUUUUCGGCAUAGUGAAAAGUGAACUUUUGCAGGAUCUUCUUGGUACCGUGGGCGUAGGCUUUGUUGAACUAGGUAAAUCUUUGUGUCUUGAGUGGUGCUUUUUUUGUUGUGUUUCGUGAUUUGUUCUUGGGUUCGCUGCGUUUCUCGUAAGAUGGAUCUACCUUGAACCGGCAACCAGUUUCAAUUGCUGAUGACUGGAUAAUUUUUUUCCCUUAAUAAUUUGAUUACCAGAAUGCUUGCAUGAUCCUUUUCUUUUCAGUAAAUGAAUCUGUCAUGAACCAGCAACCAAUUCUAGUUGGAAACGUUCCCCCUGCGACUGUAAAAGUUGUAAGUGUCAUACAUUCUCUGUUUCUAAUUUACUUUGAUUAAUGUAGAAAAAUAAGGUUGUUCGUAUUGUAGUUUCUAUAACUUUUAGGGUUGUGGGAUAGGUCAUGAUUUCAUAAAAUAUUUGUUCAAGAGCCAAACUCCGUGACUCCCAUGGUAUCUGGACCUCCUUUUCCACAUAUUUCUUCUGAUCCUCGUGUAACUUCUCAAGGAGUCCCAAGCUUGCAAACUUCUUCACCAGUGUCUGCUUCUCAGGAGAUGAUCUCAAAUAACGACAAUGUGCAAGAUCUAAAACCUAUGGUUAGAGGUAUUUCACAGCCCUUGUGUCCCGUAAGACCUGCUGCAGCAAACGGCAGCAUUCUAAACAAUCUCUCUCAAGCACGAGAAAUGAUGAACUCUACAGCCCUAAGUGGGGGGACUUCUAUUGGGCUUCAGCCGAUUGGUGGAAAUUUUAUGGCCAUGCAUAUGCCAAACAUGAUAUCCAGUGGCAUGGUAUCGUCUGUGCCUGCCGCUCAAACUGUAUUAUCAUCUGGGCAAUCAGUUAUGACAUCAGUUGGUGGGUCAGGAAUGCUAGCAGGGACUGCACAGGUCGCACAAGCUUCUGGUUCAUUCACUUCCGCAACUUCUAAUAUGUCUGGGAAUUCAAACUUUGGAGUGUCAGAACCAGUGGGUAAUCUUCAAGUAUGUGUUAGUAUGGGUCAGUCAGUAACUGGCAUGAGCCAAGGAAAUAUCGUAUCAGCCCAGAUGGUACAGAUUGGAAAUGGCGUGAACCAGAACAUGAUGAGUGGCCUUGGUCCAUCUGGUAUGUCUUCUGGAACUGGCACCAUGAUUCCUACUCCUGGAGAGACUCAACAAUUUCAGCAAGUAAUGCAAUCUCUUGGUGUGAAUAAUAACUCUGCAGCUAACAUGCCCAUGUCCCAACAGACAUCAAGUUCAUUGCAGUCAGCAAAAUCGAAAUAUGUAAAAGUUAGGGAGGGAAACUUAUCUGGGCAGAGACAAGGUCAGUAUGUCACCAGACUGGAGGGUUACAGGAGUGUGCUGGCUUCUGAAACGCUUACAGUAAAUUGGCCACCGUCAAUGCUGAUUGUUCGGCUUUUAUCUCAGGACCACAUGAAUAAAUUCAAAGGCAGGCAGUAUGUUGGGAAGGUAGAUUUUCUAGUUUUUCGGGCAUUGAAUCAACAUGGUUUUCUUGGACAGCUGCAAGAAAGGAAGCUUUGUGGAGUAAUACAGUUACCGUCACAGACGUUGCUGCUGUCUGUUUCUGAUAAAGUCAACCGCUUGAUUGGAUUGCUUUUGCCAGGGGAUAUGGUCAUGUUUAAUAAGCCAGAACUAUCCGGUCCGCAGCCACAACAGCAGCAAUUGCAUCACCAGGUUCUGCAACUACAACAGCAACUUCUGCAGAUGCAGCAACAGCAGCAGCUUCUGCAGAUGCAACAGUUGCAGCUUUCUCAGAUGCAACAACCACUGCUUUUCCAGCUGCAGCAACAACAGCAGAUUCCACACUUACAACAGCAGCAGCUUCAACCACAACAGCUCCCACAGCUACAACAGCAGGUUCUGCGGCUACAACAGCAGCUUCUGGAGAUGCAGCAACAACAUUUGCUUCCUCAGACGCAACAGCUGCAGCAACAACUACCGGUUUCCUAUCUGCAGCAGCAGCAACGAAUGCCGUAACUGCAGCUACAACAACAAUUGGUUGGGACAGGAAUGGGUCAGACUUGUGUUCAAGGUCCAAGUGGGUCCAGUUAAUAUAUCAGGGACAAGUUUCAAAAAGUUGCCACCACAAGAUUGGUUAGGACUUAAUAAAUUGGGUAGGGGCACAGAUGGUGCUUGGCAAGGCUAAUAUUAUAUAUAUAUAUAUAUAUUUCUAAGCUGUAGGUUGUAUAGCUAACACAAUUCUUAAAAUAUUAUUCUGCUACUUUCACUAAGUACCAUAUAAAGUCUACUAUAAUUUUGUCCGCCAAAUCUGAUUAUAACCAUAGAAGACGCUAUUUUGACAUUCACUAGAUUUAUAGCUGAGUUUGAUUCUAUGCACUUUGAAAUUACAGUGGAGAGUAUUUUUAUUCACUUUAUAAUAGGCUAUAAACUAAGGAUGUGACUUGAGUAGGGUUGCAAUUCGUACAAUUCAGGCCCAUAUGAAUUG